AUGGCUGAACAAAUCCCAUUCACCAUUGCAGAAAACUUAUUAUCAAAGUUGACCUCAUUUGCUUCUGAAGAAAUUGGUUUGGUGUCUGGCUACAAAAAUGAUCUUAGGAGGCUUCAAACUACUCUCUCCACCAUCAAAGUUGUACUCCUAGAUGCUGAGGAGAAGCAAGAGGAUAGCCAUGCAGUGAAGGACUGGAUAAAGAGGCUUAAAGAGGUUGUCUAUGAUGCAGAUGACUUGCUGGAUGACGUAGCAACUGAAGGUUUGCGAAGAAAGGUUGAAGGUCAGGGAAGAAUUGUAAGGAAGGCAUGCGACUUCUUUUCUUCCUCAAAUCAAAUUGCAUUUCGUUUUAAGAUGGGUCAUAGAAUCAAAGAUAUCAGAGAGAGGUUAGAGGAAGUUGCUAAAGAUAUGCAAACCUUCGGCUUUAUAACUAGAAACAAAGUAGAUAUGCAAGUUAAGAAUAAUUGGAGAGAGACAGACUCCCCUGUAUUGAAAUCAGAGAUAAUAGGAAGAGGUGAAGAUAAGAAAAAAAUCAUAAACUCAUUGUUGUGUCCAGACAAUCAAAGCAAUGUUUCUGUAGUUGCAACUGUUGGUUUUGGUGGCUUAGGAAAGACUACUCUUGCCCAAUUAGUGUAUAAUGAUGAGAAAGUAGUGAAUUAUUUUGAUUUGAAAAUAUGGGCAUGUGUUUAUGAGGAGUCAAAUGUUGAAAUGAUAGUUAAAAUCAUCCUUAAAAGUGCAAAUGUUGAAGUGUCUGACUUGUCUUUGGAACAGUUGCAAAUCCGCCUUAGAAAACAUUUAGAAGAAAAAAAAUACUUGAUGGUCUUGGAUGAUGUGUGGAAUGUAGAUUAUAGAAUUUGGGGUCAAUUGAGAAAAUAUUUGAUGGAUGGUGCAAUCGGAAGUAAGAUUUUAUUAACAACUCGUAACAAGAGAGUUGCUUUAGCUAUGGAUGUAAACUCUCCAUAUGCUUUAGGGGGCCUAACAGAAGAUCAGUCAUGGGAUUUAUUUGAGAAGCUAGCAUUUAGAGAGGGAACAAGUAGAGUGAAUCCAAAUUUAAUAGAAAUAGGAAACAAAAUUGCAAAGAAGUGCAAAGGAGUUCCAUUUGCAAUCAGAGCUUUAAGAGGCAUAAUGCAACUAAAAAGUAGAGAAAGUAAUGAAUGGAUGUCUAUCUUAGAAAAUGAGAUAUGGAAGUCAUUUGAGGAUGAUAGCGAUGUUGGUCCAGAAAAGAAACACCUUCACUCCUUGGAUUUGGAAUGGGAUGACACGGGAGAUGGUGAUAGUGGAAAUAGUGAGUUGUUGUUGGAUAACCUACACCCUCACCCUAACUUGAAACAAUUGCAUGUUAAUUGGUAUGGAGGUGUGAGGUUUUCAAAUUGGCUUUCUUCUAUCACAAAUCUUGUCGUUAUUAGUAUAUCACUAUGUCCAAAAUGCGAGCAUCUACCACCGUUGGGUCAUCUCCCUUCUCUGAAAUCUCUCAGUCUUCACUGGUUCAAUUCACUGAAUUAUAUAUCGGAUGAGAUGGCAGAAUCUUCCUCUUUUUCAUCUCCAUCAACAACAUUCUUCCCAUCCCUAAAGAUUCUUAAACUCUUUGACUGCCCUAAUCUGAAAGGGUGGUGGAGAAUAUGUAUGGACGCUGAGCUAGUGCCUCAAUUUCCUCGUCUUUCUGAAUUAGCCAUUCGGAAUUGCCCUAACCUGACUUUGAUGCCAACAUUUCCGUCUCUGGACAUGAAGCUGUAUCUUAGCAAUGCCAACAUAAGACCAUUGCAUCAGACAUUGAAGAUGAAGAUAAUGACUGCAACGGCUUCCACAUUACCAUCAACCUCUUCUUCAGUCACUGCUUCAUUUCCCAGAUUAAAGUCUUUGUAUUUAGAAGAGAUUGAGGGUCUAUCAUCUCUACCUGGAGAGUGGAUGCAGAAUCUCAUCUCACUUGAGAAUCUUUGCUGUUUCUGA